AUGAUUCUGAUUUUGUUUCAAACUCUAGUCAUACUGGUUCACUCUUUUAACUGUGCACCUUUAAAGCGAAGGAGUCCAGUGUUUGAUGGUAUUCUCCACCUAGGUGACUGUAACCGCAAGCCGGUGGAGUACUGCAAUUCCUUGGUGGAGAACAGUAUGUGCAACCCACAAAAGAACGAGUGUUUUUGCAAACAUGGCUUUGUUGCCAUCCAGGAGGAGGAGAAAGUUGUCUGCCGCACACUGCUGACAGAAUUGUAUUGUCGAGUGGAUUCGGACUGUGUGCAUGUGGAUGGUAGUGUGUGCCAUCCCGGAGCAGGCAAAUGCGUCUGCCCAAGUGGAAAGAUUUAUGUGCCUCAACUACACGGCUGCCGUCAGCGCUUUGAAACGAAGAUGGACCAAAGCUGUGAAAAAUGCCUUUUGAAACAAGGGACCUGCUUCCUAUAUGACUUGAAAGACCAACCAGUGAAUAGUAAGCAUACUUCCAAUGUGGACCAAUCGCUUGCUGUCGGCUGUGUGUGUCCACAAUCAGUGAUCAAGCAUGGUUCAGAGAACCUCACGCUUCUGGUCCCCACAGAUGGAGGACUAUGCGGAAGUCAACUAGUCGAUAUUGGCGAAGAAUGUGAUGCGGUUAACCAUACGUGUAAAGCACAGAUGGCUAUGUGCCUUCCCGCUCGUCGGGACCGUAGAUUGGCUAAUUUUUCUGGUCGAUGCUCUUGCCCAGAAAUUACGGUCGCAGUGUACCAACCAAAUCUGGGUUACCACGAGUGUUUUACAAAAAUACCUAAACCACAGCUGAGCGCCGGGCAUAACCAGGACAUAGUAAAUCCAGAGUGCGCUGGAUGUCAUGCUGUCGAAGGAGUAUGCUACGAUAUGAAUGAUGAUGGCAUUGGAGAUGGAUGUCGUUGUCCGGUGGAUCGGACACAUUCAUCAACUGUGGAUUCAGACAGCCAACCAUACGAGAGCCCCACAAAACACCAUCAGCAAUCAAGUUUGAGUUCGCCGUGUACGAGGAAACAAGUGUUUUCCAGCUGCACAGAAGAAAGCUUAACCGUAUGCUAUGUGCCACACAACGACGAUCAACAGAUCAAUCUUUCUAACCAGAUACAGGCAAACCAGUGCUCUGUGCACCUGGUUGCUAAUACAGAUUUGGAGCCACAACUUCCCGACAAAACAUGUCAGCUGGUUGUUAGAAACGGUGAUCCGGUGCAGUUGCAACAGUGGAAUCUAUUAGACAGGCUAAUAGCACGAUACUGCAUUCAGCUGAACUUUUCACGGCAAAAAAGCAAUUCAUGCGGUUUGGAUGUGAUAAGACGUGGUAAAUGUUCAAACAAU